AUGGAAUGCGUCGUCAGAAUGUGGCGUCAGGGGGGAAUGUGGCGUCAGAAUGUGGCGUCAGGAGGGAAUGCGGCGUCAGAGGGGGAUGUGGCGUCAGGGAACGUGUCGUCAGAAUGUGGCGUCGCAAGGGAAUGUGGUGUCAGUGGGACUGCGGCGUCAGGGAAUGCGGCGUCACGGCGUUUGGGAAUGUGGCGUCACAAUGUGUCGUCAGCGUCAGGCAUUAAAGUGCUACAGCAUUUGCGGGAUUUUGCAAUGAGUGCAGCUGGCAGUCCUGUGGCGGAUGGAAGUCCUACCGCAUCGGCACCUGCAGUGCCUGGAAUAGAUGGAGCGGAACUUGCAUUCCGCAUGGUGCAGGCAGCCGAAUCCGCUGCAUCCGCUGAUAGAGAGGCAGAGUUGUCGCAGUUCCGAGACUGGUGGUGGCAGGUGGAGCAGUAUGUUGUGGCAGUAGACCCGAAGUUUACUGGGGAUUUCGACCACAUCAGGUCUCAUAUGGAGGAUGAGAUGGCAUUGGUUGAGCAAUCUCCUGGCAGAACAAAGAGAAGCGGUUUUCUCUAUGGUUUACUAGCGUCGUUGAUGCGUCAAAGACCGUUGCUUUUGUUGAAAGGUGUUGAACAAGGAAAUGGACUUGAAGCAGUCCGACAGCUGUUCAAAACAUGUCAGCCAGCAAAUCGAAACCGUGCACUUGCUCUUUUGCACCUCAUCAUGCAGUGGCCCAACUUCGACAUGCGCAAUGCCCUACUUCCUCAGGUCUUGAAGAUGGAGGAUUCUUUCAGAGAAUAUGAGAAAAUAGGUUCCCCACUGAAUGAGGAACUGAAGUGUGCCGUCCUCAUGAAGUGCCUGGGCGGUCAAUUGAAGACCUACAUGCAGGUUUCAAUGAAAGAUUCGACAUCGUAUGAGGAUCUUCGUGAAGCAGCAUUGAGAUUUGAUCAAUGCACAAUCAGAUGGACGCAAUCCAUGUCUCUGGGUGCAAGCGUUUCUAACUCAGAUGGUGCAGUUCCGAUGGAAGUUGACAGAGUUGAGAAGGGCAAAUCAGGAGUGUUUCAAGCAGCACUUCUCCAGGUGGCCGAGGCCACACAGGCAGCUGCAUCAGCUGCUACAGCAGCACAACAGGCUGGGUCUUCACAGGCAGCCAGCUCUCAGAGCCCUUUGGCAGGAAAAGGGGCUAUCGACUGGUCAAAGCUGCUGACCAAACGUUCGAACUUUGGUGAGGGGAAGUCUGUUGAGGACGAUGUGAAGCAGUUCAAGGAUUGGCAUUGGCAGUUGCAGCAAUAUCUGGUGGCCAUCGAUGAAGGCUUCCAAUCUGAGCUGCAACAGCUCAACAGUGAUCCUGGCAAACCUCUGGACAUGAACACAGCAAGUGCAGAAACUCGUGGUCGUUCAAGCAAACUGUACUCUUUGUUGGCUGGACUCAUGAAAAAUCGAUGCUUGCAUAUUCUGAAAUCAGCACCUUCAGGUGACGGCUAUGAGGGUCUUCGACAGUUAAUUCUGGCUAUGAGGCCCCCAGUGCAGAACAGAGGACUAGCGUUGUUGAGUGCGGUGACAGCAUGGACACCCUUCUCUAUGCAGAAACCUCUUUUGCCACAGGUGUUGAGGUUGGAACAAGCGUUUGAAGAAACAGUGAAGGCUGGUACAGAGUUGCCAGACAGUUUGCGCACAGCAGUUGUUCUACGAUGCGUUCAAGGACAGCUGAAGACACAUCUGAACUUGUCUUUGAGUGAUGGUUGCAAAUACGCUGAUGUCAGAGAGCAGAUCCUGAAGUGGGACAGAGCUCAGGCCAAAUGGACAAGUUGGCUUGGUGAGGAGUUCAGUGAAGCAACUCCCAUGGAGAUUGACCGUGUGGAUGGAGGCAAAGGCGGUUGGAACCAGCACAAAGGCAAGGGCAAGAAUCAGAAAGGCAAAGGAGACAAAGGAGCACAGAAAGGAAAGCAGAAAGGGUCUAAAGGCUCUUGGAAAGGAAAUGGCAAAGAUGGCAAGUCCAAGAACUAUGACAACAACAACAAGGGCAAAGGGAAAGGCAAACAGAACACUGGACAUGGCAAAGGAAAAGGGAAAGGAGACCAAAAGGUCUGCUAUCAAUGUGGCGCUCCUGGACACUACGCCAAAGACUGUUGGAAUGUUGUGCGUUCUGCUCAAACUGGUCAGGGUAUGGAGAACUCCAACAAUCAGGUACAAGGCCAACAGGCUCAACCAGUGCAGCAACCUGCACAGCAAUCUGGUCAGCAGUCAACGCAGUACAGAGUAGCGCGCAUUGCAGGACAAGCUGAAGCUGAUGGAGAACAGAUCGACGUUGAAAUCCUAGCACCAGAGGAUGAUGCUGAAAUUGAAGGUCAAGAUAUUGACCGAGGUGAUGCUGGCGUUGGUCCUCAAGGCGUUGACAUACAAGAGAAAAUCAUGAUUGCGCCUGCCCCAGAGGACAAAAUCACGGUGAAUGGCUUCAAUCCUCCAGUUGGGGAUGUGGAACCUUCCAAGUUCUUUGAUGAGGACGCCGAAGCAGUCCGACAGAAAGCUCUUGAGGAGCAACGUGAGGACUAUGAAUCAGCCAAUAUGGCCAUCCACGACAAACAGAACCCCAUGCAGGAAAUGGAACAACAGCCUCAGGUUGGAUUGGAAGAUGCAAACGUGAUACAACAUCCCAAUCCCGUUGGCAUUUCCGAUGAUCCAGUGGAAGGAGGAGACAAUCAACCACAAGAGGUGGCAAAUCCAGCGUUGGGAAUGGCUGGACCUUCAACACCUCCUUCUUUCUUCGAAGUGCCAAUGACUCCUCCAGUGAUAGCACCCUCAAGCUCAGCAGCAGCAGGCUCAACUGAUGUGCCUGUGACUCCAAGAACGCACCCGACAACAAGAGCUCAUGGUGAGGAGGAGACAGCUGAUGAGCAGGCUCAUAAGAAGGCCAAGAUGGAGGAUUCAAAGAAACCCAGGCUUAUGCAGUUGAGUGAGCAACAUUCAGCAAUGAUCCGUGCAGUGCAGUUUGAUGAUGGAUCGGAAUUUCACACUAUGGACGAUUACAGCCAGGACCUCAAGAUGACAGAUCAUGAGGAAGAUGAAGAUCACUGGCAAGAUGAUCCAUCAGUCUUUUCAGGUGUUCCUCUGCAGUUGUGGUCAGAUGCUGAUAUCAGUGUGAAGCCUGAAGAACCUCCACAGUGGCUGGACGACUUGGCUGAUGAAACAGAACUUGCUCGACUCACCAACAUGGGCGUUAUCCAGCGUGAAGCUGACUAUGAGGGCUUCAAGGAGAAACUUCAACAGCGGUUUUCAAUCAGUUGCUCAGUUUUGGAAGGAGUUGGAACAGAAAUUUCAUUUUUGAAGAGAAGGCUCUUGCGUGUGGAAGAUGGUUUGGCGUUACUCCCAGGCAGCAGCAUUGGGAAGUUGAUCAAGGUUUGGGAAGAAAAGUUUGGAAAGCUGAGAUCUUCCACAACUCCAGCUGACUCUUCAAUUCAGAUGGAAGACAACUCUCCAUGCUUGGUUGGAAGCGAUGUUACGUUUUUCAGAAUGGCUGUGGGCACAUGCUUGUACAUCACGCGUGAUCGACCAGAUGUUGCUUUCACGGUGAAGGAACUUUCAAGCUACAUGAGCAGUCCCACAAUUUCGGCGAUGAGACACCUCAAGAAGCUUGUAGCUUACUUGAAGGGAACCAGCAACUAUGCAGUUGUACUUCAACAACCUCAUGGAGGACAAGGCUUGCACAAACAAACCAAUGACAAAUACUGGCUUUUGGAGUCUUUUUCAGACAGUGAUUGGAGCAGUAACAAACGACACAGACGCUCCACUUCCUCAGGUCUCCAUAUGCUAUGUGGCAAUUUGGUUUACUCAAGCUCACGUACCCAGAGGGUUAUCUCUUUGUCAAGCUGUGAAGCUGAACUACAUGGAAUGGUUUCAACUUUGUGCGACGGCAUCUUCAUCAAGCGGUGUGCUGAGUUUGUAUUCAAGGGCAAUGUCGAGCACAUUUUGCUGACUGACUCGUCAAGUGCACGUCAAUUGUGCUCAAGACAGGGCACAGGAAAGGUGAAGCACCUGAGUGCCAAAAUACUCUGGAUACAAGAUCAAGUUCGAAAUGGUGAGAUCGCUUUGAGCCAAAUCAGCACAGCCUUCAACGUUGCUGAUAUUGGUACCAAGGUGUUGUCAGCAAAACGCCUGAAGACUCUUCUCAGUGACAUUGGCAUCUAUGACGAUGAUGGUGCCAACCCAAUUCAGGCAGAAGAAAGUCGAGGUGGAGAUGGUCGAAACUUGAAUCAGCAAAUGCUACAGGCAGCCAAGACAAUUGCACGUCUUGCACUUCUCAUGGGCCUUGAGCCUACCACUGGCGCUAUGGGUUUUCCAGUUGAUGAAUGUGCAAUUGAUGGUUCAGCUGGCACAUGUGCACCCAAGGAUCAUGAUGAUGAUCAUUCAAGGUUGGUCUACGUGAUUUUGUUUGUGUGGUGCACAGCCAUGUCUCUUUUGGUUGCAGCAGCAGUUUGGAUCGGAAUCAAGCGGAUUCGUGCCAUUGAAGCUGAUGCAGGCCAUCUUGCACUACAAGUUGCACAAGCUGACACAACUCUUGGUGAGCACAUGGCUUUACUCCCCGAAUUUCAAAGGACGGUUGGACAGGUGAGAAAUCAGGUGACAGAAACUUCAAGUCAAAUGGACAUGCUGGCGGAUUCAGUUGAUGGAAUCCACUAUGGUCUGGUUGAAAUUGGAGGAUUCGCCCAGCACCGAGAGCUCACCCCAGUUCAACGACGCCACAUGUUCACAGUGGAACAAGGCAACCGAGGUGGUGAGUCCGAAUCUGAGAGGACGGAGGACCACCUCCUGAAUCCAGAUCGAGACAUCUCAACGAGGCAAGGUGAAAUUGAAGCCUCCAUAGAUGACUUGAGACUCCAGCUCAACGUGGCGCUUGCAGAAGAGCUUUGGAAUGAUGCAGACGAGCUCCAAAGGACGAUUCUGAUGCUUCUGGACCAUAGCAGUAACCAAGGUAUGAGGAAUCCAGAGACAAGAGUGAGAGUGUUUCAAAGGAUUGCAGACUCCUUACGAAUGAUGGCCAAUCGAGGACAGCAACGUGGUAUGAGCAAUGCAACAGUAUCAAGAUACAGAGACUUCGAAGAUGUGUAUCGAUCCAGAACAUGA